AUGAAAAGAGAACCGCAACGGGUUUUGGAUCCAGGUUUACGAAACCCAAGUAGUGAAUUGGAAACUGAACUAAUCACAUCGCUUGACUUCCGAGGCCCAGAAGAAUUCGAAUUAGGAAAAGAGAAUGACAACGUGUAUGAAAUUGAAAACAAUGCUCAAAAUAAACCACUUCCAUGUAGGAGAGAUACUAGGCAAGAUCCAAAGAAGAUCAGAAAAGAAUCCGACAAGUUCAACCAAACGCCUGCGGACAAUGAGCUCAACAGAUUAAAUAUUAGAGGAAAAAUAGAUGCGACUAUGUCUACUAGUCGACAAGAAUCUAUAGAAGGUCAGCAAUAUGGACCAGUUCCCCAACGGUCAUAUGAUGAAAACCCAACGCAACAUUUCGCAGAUCAUCAUUCAAAAUCAAAGGUUAAAGUUGCUCCAAGGUCAAGUUUGCAGUUCAAAGUUGGACCACAGUUUACACGGACAUUCCUUGUAAGGCCAAUAUAUUCCAACGGUGGUAGAUUAAUAAUCCCCAAGAUAGAAGGAAGAAUAGACCGAGGCUUUGAAUUUCUAAACAACGAGUGGAUCGGAUAUAAGCGCAACUACUUUACUCUUGUUGCAGCAUUCCAGUUUGAGAACUACGGCUUUGAGGAAUUCACCAAUGCAACAUACCACACAAUAGACCAGGAGAACAACAAUCUCGUAAUAAUGUACUUUGCAUUAAGGUUGACUUCAAAAUGUACCGAAGAUGGAACAUCUAUUUCACUGGUACAACAUACGGCAAAGAGGGAUAGAGGACCCCAAUUUGAACCACCCAUUCAUCCCGCAGUUCCAGGAAGUUUGCCUACUCAUCAAGUGAUCAAAGAAGCUGCUAAUAUUAGAAAUGUUGGAAAAAUUCAGCGAUUGAACAAGCUCUUUUAUCAUAAUAGGGAGGAAUCUUUGACUAUGGAACCUGGGUUGAAUAAGUACCCCGACAACAGUAUUUUCAAAGUCGCCCGAUAUGAACGCAUCCAGUUUGCCUCAUCGAUUAACUAUAGGAAACCGUCUUCUUCAACCAGAAGGUUUAAUCUUUAUGUGGAACUUAUUGCAUGCUUGGAGAACAAUGAGUUUGUCACAUUAGCCUUUAUAGAGACACCACCAUUGAUAAUUCGGGGACGAUCACCUUCCAAUUAUCCCAAUACAAAAACUAGCAACGAACAAGCUUCUGCAAGAAAUGAAUGCAAACAGGCAAAAAAGCGCAUCGAUGAUUGCUCAAUAUAUACGAACACAGCUGAGUCUUUUCAGUUCGAUAGUAUUGACUCCGUUGCUUGCGCGUUUAUGAGCUGUAAUACAAAAGAAAGGGAGGAUGACCAAAUUAAUACCUUUAACCACAUGUCUUGUGUGAAUGAAUACCUAAAUUGUACCAAUAGCAGUAGAGUUGUUGCCGGAAAUAUAUCCUCAGGUGAUUCUAUGACUUAUCCUGGGACGAAAACAACAAAGAGAGGAAGAAAAAGAAAAGAAACUUCUGAGCAGCCUAAAAUGAAAGUCAAGAUGAAACUGAACCCAAAGGUUGCGGGCAAAACAAAGCAAAUCAAAAUAGCACAUGCAAAACACAUGAACGCAACAGUUGAUUGCGACGAAACUCCUAAGGACAGCAUCGUUAAUAUCGAGUCACCAAUUCAAAAUCUGCAACUUGAUUCACCCAAUAAGGUUUCACAGGGAACAACAAUUGAGUCCGAGCCAAACUAUAACUUUGCAAAUGAUAAUUAUUUCGUGUACAGGAACAAGCUAUCUAUGCUCUCAACUGACUCUGAAGACCUUAAAAAAGACCCAGAACUAGCUGCUGUUUUAAGCUAUGAUGCAGAAGAAAACAUGGCGCCUAGAUCUUUGGAGUCUUUGACUUUGAGGCAUUUAAUCAAAAACAAUCAACAUGAACAUCAAACUGUUCUUAAAGACAAAGACUGUUAUCUUCCUGACAUUUUUCCGAAUCGUCAUAGUGCCGAAGACAGCAGAAUAAGCAUUUUCGUCACAAACUCAGAAAACAAAGAAAAUCUGAAUCCGGACAGUUAUGAUAAUUCCAAGGAAGGACUUUUUAUGGAACAUGUGGACAAGUUUCAGAAGGCUGAACAGUUCAGUGAGAUUCAGGCCAAACUUGAAUCUUUCAAUAAUGAGCUUUUCAUUCCAUCAUCAUCAGAUACAUCUCGAAAUUAUUUGAUAAACGUUUUCAACUCAUCACCGAAUCAAGAUCAAAGCCACUCAUCUAUCUUUGAAAAUGAACUGUACAACUUUUGA